AUGAAUCUGAGUAUUACGAUACGAGGAGGCCUGGCCGGGUCAAGCAGCGGAACUAGCCAAAGUGGGUCCAAAAAAUAUGGCAGUAACGUGCUGAACAAAAGGAAGCAAAAAAAAGACAUUCCAGAAAAGAAGAAAGGAAAAAUUGUAGCAAAAAAGUCUAAAAAUUUGAGUCCAAAAAUAGCAAGUAGUAUUUCUGUCUUACCUUCUGAUAGAAAAAAUAAUUUACAUGUUUUGGAAAGGGUUCUUUCUGAGGUGGGGAAUGGGAACAGCCACCACCAGGGGUGGAGGAAGUACGCACACAAGUUCGGCCUAUUGGGACGGCUCGUUUCGAAGGGACACACGGGGAGUGCCAGUUCGGGAGGAACAAAACACGGUGGAAGUUUAAAGGGAACAGCACACAGUGGAAGCAACUCGCAACGGUCAGGGAAGAAAAGUACGCACCCCAUUCAUACUGGAAGCAAGUUGGUAAAACAAGACGCAAAAGGAAACAUACAAGAAGAAAAAAAAAAAAGUCACUUAAAUAAUUUGCAAAAAAAUACUCCUCCAAAAAAAAACAAAAAUAUCUACUCGUCCAACUUAAAUACACCAACUGCUUCCACCGGAGGAAAGAAAAGUUACAAACUGAGUAAGCUAUUAAUACCACUGGAAAAGUUUGGAAAAAAAAAAAAAAAUAGAGCUAGCCGAAAUUUUCUGGGAUUAAAAAAGGGGGUGAACAUGGCUAAGGGGGCAAGCGGCAAGGCAGAAGGUGAAACCUCCCAAAAUGGGGACACACAAAAUGAACUUCCCGUUGAGAAGACAGGCUCUGGGAGCAACCACCAGGAGGGAGACUCCACAGAUGCAGCUAAGCAAUCAGUCACGGAAUCAUCUUCACUUGGCAAAGGGGCCGAGAUGGACAGCGCGCAGGUAGCUCACCUUAUAGGGAAGUCACCUGAAGACCAGGAGGAUCCAUCCAGAGAAACACCCUUCGAAAGGGUUACACAAGAACCAAUCGAUCCCUACUUCACCGAAGGCGAAUACGACCCAUCAAAGGAUAUACUUCGGGAGCAGACGUGUUUCUAUGAUGCAGGGAAGGUCUCUGCAAGUUUGCUACCGGGUUACAAAGAAGUAAGCUUCGAGGGGAUAGGUGAGACUGAAGGAAAUAACACAUCUCCUACGGAAUCAAGAAGGGCACAAAGAAAUGUCAUGUACUUGCCGAACCGAUUUUAUAGCCAUCAUAACUUUAACCCAGUCAGAAGUAAGGGUGGUCAAGACGCGGCCUACUACAUUAACGGGUUAAGUACGUUGGAUGGUUGUCUCUUCACCUCGGUCGACAUAUCUCAAGGGACAAUCCACAAGCAGUACAACAUCGGGGUUACCUAUCCUUAUGGAGUACCCUUUGUGGAUUUGAAGCAAAGGGGAAGGAAGUUACGGCGCUGA